UCCAUCUGUCUAGUGGAAAGCAAGCUAACAGUGUCAAUCUAGCUAUAGCUGAGCCACGAAGGGUUUCUCCAUUUUACCCCCAAAAAUACUCGACAACCAAAACCCUAAUCUCACUCUACCUUGGAAGAGAGAGAGAGAGGGUGUGUGCUGUUGAAGAGGUAGACCUCAGGUAAGCUCGAGAAGUAGAGAGGGAGGAGAGAUGGACGCGAUGAGGAAACAGCUGGAUGUGCUCAUGGGAGCCAAUCGAAACGGCGACGUUAGGGAGGUGAAUCGCAAGUACUACGACCGUGAUGUGUGUCGCAUGUACUUGGUUGGCCUUUGCCCCCAUGAGCUAUUCCAAUUAACGAAAAUGGACAUGGGUCCAUGUCCUAAGGUCCAUUCACUGCAGCUGAGAAAAGAAUAUGAAGAGGCAAGGACAAAAGGUGUUGAUAACUAUGACAGAGAGUUGGAGGAUGUAAUUGAUAGGCUCAUUGUUGAGUGUGAUAAAAAAAUCAGCAGAGCUCUGAAGCGACUUGAUGCUGAGGAUGCAAAGGCUGCUAUUGCAAUAUCAGUCUCUGAGGUUACCCAGAAUGAAGAGAUAAUUGAGUUAUCAAAGCAGAUCAAGGAAAAGUUGAAAGAAGUGGAUAAAUAUGAUCUUGAAGGCAAGACAGAUUUUAAGAUUCAAGCAUUGGAAGAGGUGGAAAAGCUCAGAAGUGAGAGGGCAGAGAAACAGUCUGCAUUACUUUUGGAAGCCUUCAACAAAGAUAGGGCGUCUUUGCCUCAACCCUUGCCAAACCCACCUCCAUUGGCGCCCUUGCCUGUAGCUGCUCCUGAUCCUCGUACCCAAGAAAUGAUAAAUGAGAAGCUGAAGAAGGCAGAGGAUCUUGGUGAGCAAGGAAUGGUUGAUGAGGCUCAAAAAGCUUUGGAGGAGGCAGAGGCACUUAAGAAGCUUCCUGCAAGGCAAGAGCCUGCUCUGGAUUCCUCCAAGUAUACUGCUGCUGAUGUCCGCAUUACUGAUCAAAAGUUGCGUGUUUGUGACAUUUGUGGAGCUUUUUUGAGCGUAUACGACAGUGAUCGGCGUUUAGCAGAUCAUUUUGGUGGGAAGCUCCAUCUAGGCUAUAUGCAAAUCCGUGAGAAACUCACAGAGCUUCAGGAAGAGAGAAACAAGCUCCGCAGAGGUGAUCGGCAUGAUGAUCAAAGAUCAAAAGAGGGAAGUAGAGAUCGUGACAGAGAAUCAAGCAAGGAUAGAGAUCGAUUAGAUAGCCGUGAUCGGGAGAGGGAUUAUGGUCGUCGGAGCAGAGAUCGUGACAGGCAUUCUGAUCGAGAUCGUGGAUAUGACAGAGACCGUGGACAUGACAGGGAGCGUGAUAGAGAUUCAGAUCGUUCCCGUGGUUAUGAUUCAAGAAGUCGCAAAAGGUCACGGUCUCGGUCUAAAGAACGGUCCAGGGAUUAUGAUCGUCACAGGCGGCAGGCGCUAUGAUCGGUACUAGGACAGUUGCUGUCGAGUAUUUUGGUACGGAAGUAUGGGUUUUAUAAUCUAGGUCAAUGUACUUGUGGAGUAAAGGAUGAUCCUAAGUAUUUAUGAGUUUGACAGUUUGUGCUAUUUUGCUGGGCAGACCAACCGUUUCAUAGGUUUUCUUGACUUGUAUGUUGAAGAGGUAGGCUUUGCUUGGUUUUUAUCUAUUAUUCGUGUUCUGUUAAUCGCCAAACCCUGCUCAAUUUUACAUUUAUCUAAGUUGAUAUCCUUGUUCAGAA